AGACGCCAUUUGAAAUUGAAUGCCUCUCCGUCGUUGCCAAGGCAUUUUUCAAUUUUCGUAGAGCGGCGGAGGGCAAAUCGCCGAUUCCAAACGAGAAGCGAUCAUGGCGGCCUCUCCGGCUCCUCCGACCACCGUCCGCCGCAACCCUCCCCGCCGCGCCAGGCCGCCCCCCACCCCUCUCCGCUCCGCCAAACCUAAACCCACCGUCUCCACCCUGCUCGACGAAGCCGCAGCAGCACCCGCUGCCGCCGACGCUCCCAGCAUUUCCCCUCCUCCCCCCACUCCAACUCCCGCCAGCGCCGCCGCGUUAUCCUCCUCGUCCUCGUCGCAGGACGAGCGGCUCAAGGUGUACCUCCGCAUCCGCCCGCUUCCAGGCCCCGAGCGACAGCGCUGCAAGCCUAGCAGCCGCCUCCCCAACCCCAACCCCAAGGCCAAGGAACAGGCCAGGAAGCCCAGCAAGCAGCAGGACGGAGCCGGCGCCGGCGCCGGGGUCUGCCUCGUCGCCACCGGCGCCAACUCCGUCGCGCUCACCGUCCCGCAGUCCAAGCUCGUCGACCUCAAGCGCGGCCGCACCGAGGUCUUCGACGGCUUCUCCGCCGUCUUACCACCCGAAUCCUCGCAGCAUGAUAUCUUCACUGAAGUGAUGAAUCCGCUUGUGGAUGAGUUCUUGGGAGGAAAGAGUGGCCUUCUUGUUGCAAUGGGUCCGACAGGGUCUGGAAAAACGCAUACCGUCUUUGGAACUCCAAGAAAUCCUGGUAUAGUACCACUCACGCUACAGAAAAUCUUCAACAUAACAGAUGAAAGCGACGGUGGCAAUCAACCAACAAGAUUUUUUUCCUUGUCAAUGUUUGAGAUACUUUGUGAAGGCAAAGGAGAACGGAUUCUCGACCUACUGUCUGAUGCAGCAGAUCUUGUCCUCCAGCAGUCAACAUCAACAACAAUUAAAGGGCUUAAAGAGGUUGCCAUUUCAAAUUCAAUGGAUGCCGAGAGCUUGGUUUCACAUGGUAUGCUUAAGCGUAGCACAGCUGCAACAAAUGCUAACAGCGAGUCAAGCCGAUCACAGUGCAUUAUCACUAUACGUGCCAUUCCUAAAAACAAUGACCUACAGAGUGAGCACCAGAUCAGUGGAUCUGUACUGACCAUAGCAGACCUUGCCGGCGCGGAGCGAAAAAAAUGUACUGGAAAUAAGGGUUCAAGGCUGUUAGAGAGUAACUUCAUCAACAACACAUCCAUGGUUUUCGGUCUCUGUUUGAGGGCUUUGUUAGAUCAUCAGAAAAAACAGAAGAAAACCUUGGAAAAACAUUUCAAGAACUCAUUGUUGACAAGGUACUUGAGAGACUACCUGGAAGGAAGGAAAAGAAUGACUCUGAUUUUGAAUGUGAAACCGGGAGAUGGUGAUUAUUCGGAUACAUCAUUUUUACUCAGACAGGCAUCUCCUUACAUGAAAAUAAGGUACACCAGCCUUGAUGAUUCUUCUGAUUUGGUUACCCAAAAAAGAAGUAAUGCUUCCCUGAUUUGCCAAGAGAAUAGGAAAAAGAGGAAGGUUCAUAAGCCUGAAGUCCUUACGGCCAAAGGAAAGGACACUAUUGAUAAGCCUGAUGAUAUUGAAGUUUCUGAAAGAGAUGCGUUUCUCAAUUUAGAGUUGCAAAGAGUGUCCAGAAGUGAGCAAAUAAUGAAGAACCUUUUCAGGACUUUAUGGGCUGUUUCAAAGCAAAAGCUUUUGGAAUCUGAGAGCGCUGCUAAAAGGACGAGAGAAUUGCUCAUAGAUAAGGACAUCCAAAUUAUAGAGCUGAAAAAGGAGUUAAACGACCUCAAGUCUCGUUCACACGAGAAGUUUCCAAUUGCUGCAGAUACCCCUGUUGAGCGAAGUGAUGCUGUAACCGUUAGUCAAGCUGCUCUAAGCUCGGUUUCUCAAUCUGAUCAAACUGAGCGGGGAUCUAGUGACGCUGCAUUAGAUGCUGUCCAUAUAGUUGCACAAGUGGUUGACAAGGAACCGGGCAGUUCUGGGAGUUGCUCUGAGCAAAUACCUGCACAUGACGCUGGUGUAGCACAUGCAACCAGUCACUUGGACCACCCAUCUGAUCGAAGCUUUGCAGAACUUCAUAUUCUUCCAUGUAUGAAGAGUGAACAGGCCAGCCUGUCCCAGUUUUCUGUUUGUGGCAAGAAAGCUCCUGUGGAACAAAGUGAAGAAGCGUUAAGCAACAAUAUAAAAGUGGAGGAUAUUCAACACAAUGCUGAUAUAGAAGCAAUGAAGCAUCAUGAUUGUCCAAGUUUCUCUCAGCAAGCGAUCUCUGCGGUGGUUGACGUUAGCUCCAAUCAGCCUUUCUUAGAGUUGCAAGGGAUGGGUGCUGUUCAGCAGAAUCCUGAAGAACCGGUGUGCGAGUCCGACUUGAAUGAUCAUGGAGACUCAGGAGACAUGCUUCCACAUGUGCUGAAUGAAAGGGAAUCCCAGAUGGAGGCUUCAGUAGUUCUAAGUAAGGAUGACCGUGAGGCUGAGGGGGUUAGAGAUAAAAAGGAGGACCUUUGUGCUUCUAGGCCAUGCAAGACAAAGAAAACUACAAGCAGGAGAUUGCGGCCAGUAGCAGGUAUGAUGCUGAAAGAAUUCAGUGGCACUGAAUUGGAUGCUGCUGCGGAUACCAAGAAGCAAGGAGGAGGAGGGGAGGCAGGUGCUGGGAGAUCGGACAAGCUUAUUCGGCUACUGAAAUCCCGUCCAGAAAGCAUAAUGAAUCGCCGUAGCUGAUGAAUAGAGUAUUGGUAGAUAUAGUUGGCCUCUCUCCAGUUUCUUUUCCUUUUGGUUAGAGGAUGCCACGACAGUGAUUUUGUCUUUUGGUGUUUCUGCUUGUCCCACCGCUGGUUUUGUAUCACGAAAGAAAUCCAACUUACCUCCUUAGUCAUGUGGAAGUGCCAAUAUAUAGUAGAGAACACGAACUUCAAAUGUGUUCGCCAGGAAUAAUAUGGUGACGUUAGACUUAUCUUAGCAACGACAUAUAUUGCUGACAUGAAAGACAGAGCAUAAAAAUGAGCCUCCUUUUACUAA